AAGCCGCCCUCACCUCGACACCACCAUGUUUCGUAAACUGUUUGGUAAAAGAGGAAAAGGAAACAUUUCCCUGCCCAUAGAAACACCAAACCCAGGAAUCCAGACAGGAACCAUUGACAUGCCAUCUACUAAAACGUUCGAAGUUUUAAGACCUGUUUUGCUUGCAGCAACUUUUACUGGCUACACGCAUCAUUGUUACCGUAUUCAGGGUGUCUUGGGCGGUAUUUUGUGGCUUGGAAUGCUAUCCGCUCAUGGAGCAUUAGAUUUUUUAGCAGCGAGGCAGAAGUACACUUAUGGAUGGGCCUCAGUAUCGAUAAGUCUCGUGAUUGUGUGCCUAGUGUGCACGAUUUUCACCAACAGAAAAAUUUUACCUUGGCUUGAAAAGGGACUGCUGAUUCUGGAAGAAAACAAGAAGUAUCCAAAGACGUUGGCUAGAUUUGCAAAGGUUUUUAAGGUUAGACUAAAUAUCAAGUAAGAAGCAAAUAAAGCGGCUUUUGGCGCCAACCUUUCGCAAUGCAAAACUUUAAAGAGGUGAAUGCUGCUCCUAAAAUUGCUUAUUCUGCAGAGUGAACGAGAGUAGAAUAGUCGCGCGGAAGUUUCAAACAACGCGAAGUCACUAUGUCAAGUGACGUUUUCACCGCCAUCGCCUUCGCCGUGGUAUCUGCGACGGGGGUGGGGGUGGGGAAUAGUAGCGCUUGGAAUUGACUAAGGCUAUGCUCACCCUCUACCGGAUAGCUUUGCGCCGGCACGAAACCCUACCGCAUAGGGCGUCUGUGUUCACGCCUGAGCACGUCAUUUCGGCGCGAUUUCUGCUACGGGGCAGCCGAUCUCGAAAGUGGAACGUCACGUACCGGAUCGGUUCCGUGGCACACAUUUUUGUGUAGUGUGAACAAGUAUUCAGACCGAAGCGGAAGUGGAUACGUAGAACCCACUGAGACGGAAGUAAAUAUUUAGGAGUGGGGAUUGGGAUUUGGAGAACCAAUCCCUCUCGGCCAACCGCUCCGGCUCGAUCUUCGAUGUGUGCGAACGACUUGUUCCAGUGGGCACGAAAAGCUACCCGGUACAUGUAGAGGGUGAACAUAGCGUAAGACUUAUAGCACUGUUCCUUUUUCUCUCUUCAGUGGCUACCAAUAUUCGCCGUCAUAUUUGGACUUGUCUGUGGCUCAGGUAUCUAUGUCUGCCUGUACGUUGAUGAGACGCUGGACCUCAAGAUUGACCUGAGCAGGAAAGAUUCCGAGAUCCCAGAUUACGCGCUUAUCAUACUCAAAGUGGUGCGAUAUUUAGCAGGCUGUUAUGUUAUGUCUGCCUUUGGGCUGUUUUGGAGCUUCACCGUCUGUGUUAUGCAUAUGACGGGAUUUUCUAUGAUCGAGUUUCACGGUAUGUAAGCUUGCUAUCGUGCUAAGACUGAAAUACCGUUGAUACCGACACAAGGUUUAGCCCAUGGUUGAUGGGUGUGUUUACCAUAGGGUAGCAUUUUUAGAGUUUCUAGUAUGUAGCAGCAGUUGAGAUGGUGGAAUCCGCUUAGAGCGACUGCAAAUUGUCUUAAUCUAUAGAUUAACUCCUAGAUAAAGUUCUCAUUGACGAAUUAUCCAAUUAUUGACAGUAUACCUUGCCUAUUCUUUAGCUGAGAUAAGAUCACACCUGGUCAACAGAGACUCACUUAUCACAUUUAGACAAGCGGUGGUGUCAUUCGCAGAGAGAGGAAAGUUUGUGAGAAAGUCAGCGUCAGUAUGCAGGGUAAGAUCUCACGUUAAACUUAGUUUACAGAUAGACUGAUCGAAUUAGGUGACAGAUGACUAAAAUGGUUGUAAGAGGGCUUACUGACUGACUAACUGACUGGCUUAGUUGCUGACUAGCUUAUUAGCUGACAGACUGACUGAUUAAUUGAAUGACUAACUGGCUGGCUGGCUGACUGACUGACUAACUAACUGGCUCACUGACUAGCUAGCUCACUGACCGACCGACCAAACGACUGACCUACCGGUUGGGUGGGAAGACCGUAAACUUUCAAAUACAAAAAGUAUUUCCAAGCGCUAAAAUGAGCAUGCGUAGCAGAAGUUAAGACUUAUGAUUUUUAUUAUAUACAAGUGUAUUUCUUGCCGUCCGUACUCUGAUCUCUAGAUCGAUGUCAUCGCUCCUUUCAGGUAUCACUUGCAGUCCUGUUGGUUUACAGUAUCGCCUCGCUGGCAGUCAACGCAUUUCUGUUUUUGUACAAGACCAGGAUGAGCGUGUUUGCCAUUUACGCGUUACUCCCCAGUAUCUCAGCGAUCUACCCAUUAUGUAUGGCUGCCUGGGUGACAAAGCAAUAUUCCUGGUAUGUGAAAUAUAAAUCAUAUCUUCAAGAAAGGAUUCUGAAAUUCGAGCUAAUCACGUUAAACGAAACAAGUCGAGUCGAAGCUCGGAAAUUCUUCUUUAUUCUUUGUUUGCAACCACGUGACAAGGCCGCCAUGUUUGGGGUCAAUGCAAUAGAAUUUUUUCUCGAACAAUUUACAUGAAAAUAGAGUUUAGUUCCCAGAGGAGAGAAAUGCUUUUGUUCUUGACUACCAACAAGCAAUAUUCCUGGUAUGUGAAAUAUAAAUCAUAUCUUCAAGAAAGGAUUCUGAAAUUCGAGCUAAUCACGUUAAACGAAACAAGUCGAGUCGAAGCUCGGAAAUUCUUCUUUAUUCUUUGUUUGCAACCACGUGACAAGGCCGCCAUGUUUGGGGUCAAUACAAUAGAAUUUUUUCUCGAACAAUUUACAUGAAAAUAGAGUUUAGUUCCCAGAGGAGAGAAAUGCUUUUGUUCUUGACUACCAACAUAGCCGCCGUGACGUCAAGUGCAAACCAGCAAUAUUUAUUACCUAACAAUGUAUUUUGAUACCCCGGGUACCAGAGACUUUCAAUGCGCACUUCCCGGCCUCGGUCAAGUCUUUCUAGUGACGCGCGCGAAAAUUUUUUUCUCGUAGCUUCGCCGCUCGUGACUUCGGCCUUCGGCCGAAGAUCUGUCCCCCUGCGGCCGACACCGAAGCACAAAGCCGUUCGCAAGAUGAAAACCUCUAGUACCCAGGGCAGUAUUUUAAGGAGAAGUGGGUUAGAAAGGGUAUAUAUACCUAGUAGAUACAUUGUAUUUGUUCCACUUGGGUCCUAAACAGCGUUUUAAUCGGUAGGGCGCUAUGAAGACUGCUUAGGUAGUAGGUAGAGUUAGUCAGCGUGAGCGAGAAGUCGCCGGUUCGAUCACGCGCGGUGCCAGACCAGUAUUAAAGGUUUUUAAUAUAACUGAGUAAUGAAGUUACUGCCUUUGCCCUGCAAAGGGUUAGAUCUUCUCUUGGUGAGGAUGACCACAGGAAGCCCAUGCUCACAAUAGCCUCCUCGAAUCCAAAUUAUAAGGAUUUUUACGGGAAUUUAUCGUAAGUUCAAUAAAACGGUUAAAAUACACAUAAACAGCCAUUCAAGUGUACAUACCUCUUAAAGAGAUUUCUCUGUGUUGUUUUCUGAUUGUUUCCUGCCCUGUGAUCGUCUUUGGUUUCGAGGAGGCUGUUAUGAGCCUGGAAAACCUGUGGGAUGACCACGUCGAAAUGGCCAUUCUCUCUCCAGUAGGAGACGUCAAACUGUGUUAAAUACAUUGGCACUUCAAAAAGUAGGUUUUUAAAGUUACAAAUUACUUUUUGCUCAAUAACCUGUCCUCUAGGUACCUGGCGGUGGUAGUAAAAGCCUGGGCCGAAAGACCCGAGAGCAGCUCCGAAGAAGAGGAGGCCGAGUCGGAGAGGCAUCGGAAAAACGAGAAACAAACGAAUACGAAACGUGCACGAAGUCUAUGGAGACGAGUUAGCAGCGCAAAGAAAAGUGCUCGUAAAGCCAACCACCUUCCGAUACAGAAAUCAAAUUCUACUCCCCUGACAUCACAUUCAGACAGUGAAGCUAAGUCCGGGGUCGAGGACGUACCGAACAUCCGAAGUUACGCCGGCCAGACCCAUCUUAGUCCGAAACAUUUAAGCGAUCCGGAGAAUUCGGGCGACGACGCGAAGCCGUACCGACACGAACCAAACAGCGUGGAAGUGUCUGAAGACGAGAAUAUUGACGAAAAGGAACAGCGCCCGAAGAGAUCACGACGAGAGGUCAUGGAUCUUGUUCUUCGUGGUGCUGCUAGGGCCGUUGGAAAGAUGAAGCACAACGCAAAGAAACCCAAGUUUAACUUUGAAAAGUAUAUAUCCUACCAGCAGAACGUUCUUCCAAACAUUGGUUUUGACAUAAUGGGAAUUAUAGUCACGUGGAAUAUGGUAUCGGCUAUUAUUUUUCUGGAGGUUUCCGUUUUGGCCCUUUUUGUGCAAGAGUCAAUAUUUGGAAACUCCCAAGCGACAGUCACCUUGUGACGUUUCACUAAACAAACCCCCAAGGAAGCCAUGGUUGCGAACACUUGAUAGUAGUUUAUGCUGCUUUGUUUCAACGAAAGAACAAAGGGUUGCAAGGUUACCGGUGCUGAAUUUUUUAUCGUAAAAUAUAUCUGAUUUAAGCGAACACCCAUGACACUAGUGUCUGUUUUAUAGCGGAGCUCCACGCGCGCGCGAGCGGAGCCCUAUACCUAAGAAAAUUUGGUAAUCUAUCCAUCCGAGAAAUUUUGGUAAUCACAUGACCGUCGGUCCGUCCGUCCGCACUAUACGCAAACCAAUGUAAAAUGUCAAACUUUCUACGGUAGCUAGUGUGGAUGACUGUAACCCAUGUUUAACUUGAUAAUGGACAUCCAUAUUUUGGUCAAUAGAGAGGAGAAGUGUGACGUCACGUUACCAUGGUAGCACUAUUUCUGGAUUACAACAAAACCAACAACGACGGCGACGGCAAGGUGAAAGGCAAAAAAUAAUAUGUUCUGGGGAUAUUAACAAACAACAACUUUGUACUUGCAUCACGCUAUUUUGUACAUUUUUUUGCUGUCGUUGCACCACUACGACAUGAAACUUCCUAAUUCCACGAGCCCGCUUUAUGGGGUAGGUGAACACAACACAAAAAUUGUCGCUUUCUUUUCUAAACUUAUAUAACGAUAGAUAAUACGGGCGUAGCCAGCCCAUAGACCCGUAGGCCCGAACCUAUUUAUAUGCGUGUUGCAUAAGUUUUUGAUUGGCGUUUUUCAGAAGGAACAAUUCAACCGAUUUCUGUGAGUUUUGGUAUCCUUCAAAAAAUGUUAUUUAUUUUCUUGUAGGUAUAAAAACCUCUGAGAUAUCGACAUAUAUUUAAAACCGCAAUUUUACGAAAAAUGUAAAUAACUUCGAAAUACCACGACAGAUUUUUCCCUAACUUCAGCAAAUAACCCUCAGAGCUCUCUAGUUUUAUAUUUGAAAGUGACCGUCAACUUUCACAAAUGUGUUAGCGUUAGCGUAUGUGUUAAAUUUGACCAGAAUUUUGUGCAGCGAGUUCUACUGUUGUGAAAUUUGAAAUAGUGCGAAUAGACUUUUAAGUGACUUUUUCGGUUUGUUGUCAUCCAAAAAUGUUUCUACCAAGGCAACGUGACGUAACGACUUCUCCUUUCUAUUAAAGCUGUCAAAAAGGUAUCCGCUGACCAGAGACACAUGACCGUAUUGCGGUCUCAGAUAUGUCGCUUGUUCUUUGAAGUUUUCCGUUGACCAGUCAUUAGCUUUUAAUUGUUGAUCGCAGGCUCAAGUUUAUGUUUUUCAGUCAUAUGGUUCUCCCUAAAGUUAAGUACUUGUGUAGAUUUAUGAUUUCUUCGCAAUGGUUUAAAGUCCAUUGUCUGCAGUAACUUUUAAAUGCAUGAACGGGAGCUUCGAUUUUAGCUCUGGCUAAAUCUAAAUAUCAGAAAUAUGUUGGACUUAAUGACACUCGACGGGGUUCGCGAAAAUUGGUUUCUAGUGCUCAUACAUGAUUCUCGGCUGUAUAGUUAAAAUUUGCUAUCCUGCUCGUAGAAAUGAACUGGGGCACGUUUUCUCAGGUUAAAAAGGAGGUUGGCUUGUAAUAUUUCAAAUCUAGAUAAAGGAAGAGACGACUAUUCAAGGACAACGCUUAUUGAUUUUUACGGUUUGUGAUAAUUAAAGGGGCGGGAAUAUUCUACUAUUUUAUUCUCUUUCUUUUGGACUGUGUUACGGAAGUUUGAAAGGUAUUCAGCUACGGGGAGCGAUGAAAGGCAGCUGUAUUGGCAUGCUGUAAACUGUAGCAAAGUUAAAAUCUUUAUUGACCAAAUAAUCACGGGAGAAAAUCACUGUAAAAUCACUGUAAAGAAAAUAACACGUUGGUACAAAAGGGGGAAAAAAAGCUAUAACCUCGGACACAUGAUGCUGGGACACAUCACAAAAAAAACCUAAUUUUUGCACUCUUCCUGACAAAAAUGCUUUUCUCUCUUACAAUGUUAUUUGCGGUAACAUCAGAAAAGUAUUAACUCUAAUUUACAACUGAUUUUACCGUUAAUUUACUGUACAAUUGCUGG